GGAAAUGUCAGCUGGUGACUUUCGUAUUAUUUCUUUCUAAAAUUACGUGCUUUAUUUUAUUAAAUAUCCGAAGAUAAACUCUGUAAUAAACUUAAAUAUUUGUCAUAAUGUUUAUAUAAUAGAUUUAACAGGAUAAUACGGUGAAAAUAUGACAAAACUAACUCAAAGGUGGUUUGCGAUUUCUCUUGCAUUUCUAUGGUUUGUGACGAGAUAAAAUGUCUAUUUUUUUGUUUAAAUCCAUGUGAAAUAUCCUUAGUUCCUUUCGUUAUGUUAUAAGAGUGUUCAAGUGAUAAUUUUUAUAAUCAAGUGAAUUAUUUUUCUCAUCGAAUUUAUCCUUUGCACCUGUCCAAACCAAUACCUUUACCUGUUCUACUAAUAUUUCAAGUGAUAUCUACGUUAUUUUAUUGCUAAGGAAUCUCACGAGUGAACAAGAUGAACGGCUCGGAAUCUGGGUUCAACCCAGCUUUUAACAUUGCUACCAUAAAGCAAGUGGUAAAUGAGGCAAUUGAGAGAGUGCGAAUGCCAACGCCUACCCGGCUCCGGGACCUCAUCCGGCAGAUCAGGGCCGUUAGGACAGCGGCUGAAGAACGCAGUGUAGUAAACAAGGAAUGCGCCUACAUAAGAUCUACAUUUAGAGAAGAAGAUAGUGUUUGGAGAUGUCGCAAUAUUGCGAAACUUCUGUACAUCCAUAUGCUGGGUUAUCCAGCACACUUCGGACAGCUGGAAUGCCUCAAGCUGAUAGCCAGCCCUCGGUUUACGGACAAACGGGUGGGCUACUUAGGUGCCAUGCUCCUGCUGGACGAACGCCAGGAUGUUCAUUUGCUCAUCACAAAUUGCCUUAAAAAUGACCUGAACAGCAAUACACAGUUCGUAGUGGGUCUAGCGCUGUGCACUCUCGGUGCAAUAGCGUCACCUGAGAUGGCGCGAGAUCUUGCGUCCGAAGUAGAGCGUCUAAUCAAAUCGCCCAACGCGUACAUCAAGAAAAAGGCAGCCCUGUGCGCCUUCCGUAUCAUAAGAAGGGUGCCAGACUUGAUGGAGAUGUUCUUGCCGGCAACGAGGAGUCUUCUCACUGAAAAAAACCAUGGUGUCCUUAUCACCGGUGUAACGCUUAUCACGGAGAUGUGUGAAAACAGUCCGGACACGCUCAAUCAUUUCAAAAAGGAAAGCGGGCAGCGCGAGAUUGUACCCAACUUGGUUAGAAUACUGAAGAAUUUAAUACUGGCCGGUUAUUCACCGGAGCAUGACGUCAGCGGCGUCUCCGAUCCAUUUCUACAGGUGAAAAUCCUACGCCUUCUGCGAAUACUCGGCAAAAAUGACGCGGAGGCGUCAGAAGCUAUGAACGACAUACUGGCCCAAGUGGCGACCAACACGGAGACUAGUAAAAACGUUGGCAACACUAUCCUGUAUGAAACGGUCCUAUCUAUAAUGGACAUCAAGUCUGAGAGCAGUCUAAGGGUGUUGGCUGUCAAUAUACUCGGUCGGUUUCUACUCAAUAACGAUAAGAAUAUACGUUAUGUUGCACUGAACACGUUGCUGCGAACAGUGCACGUGGACACGUCGGCUGUGCAGAGGCAUCGGACGACCAUAUUGGAAUGUUUGAAGGACCCAGACGUGUCAAUAAGACGGCGUGCGAUGGAGCUAUCGUUCGCUCUGAUCAAUGGUCAGAACAUCCGCAGCAUGAUGAAGGAAUUGCUCACGUUCCUGGAGCGAUCGGACGCCGAGUUCAAAGCUCACUGCUCCAGUGCGAUGGUACUCGCUGCGGAGAGGCACGCCCCCUCCAACAAGUGGCAUCUCGACACGUUGUUCCGGGUGUUCCUCAAGGCUGGCAAUUAUCUACGUGACGACACGGUAUCGAGCACAAUACAAAUAAUAUCGUCGUCGGCGGGCGAGAGGCAAGCGUACGCGGCGAUGAGACUGUGGACCGCACUAGAACGUUCCGCCAUAUCCGGACUAGCUACGGAGAGGCAGCCUCUAGUACAGGUGGCUGCGUGGACGAUCGGUGAAUAUGGUGAUCUGUUAGUAUCCGAAGACAGCAAUGCUAUUUCAAUGGCGGAUGAAGAUGGAUUUGAUGAAUUCACGCGGCCAUCUGAGGAAUAUGUUAUAGAUAUCUACCAGAAGUUACUGUGGUCCACUCAGCUGUCUAUCACCACCAAGGAAUACUUGUUGUUAUCCCUGGCCAAGUUAUCCACCAGGUUCACCACUCAACCCAGUCAGGACAAAAUACGAGUUAUCAUAGACACAUUCGGAUCUCACAUUCAUAUCGAACUCCAACAGAGGGGUGUAGAACUCUCGCAACUUUACAGACAGUACGCCCACCUGCGCGGGGCGUUGCUGGAGCGCAUGCCGGCGAUGGAGCCGCCCGCGCCCCGGCACGAGGCCGACGCGGAGCCCGCGCCGCCCGCCACGCCCAGCCCCGAGCCCGACGCGCAACAGCAGGACGCGUUAUUGGAUCUGAUCGUGGGUUCGGAGCCGCUCACUAAUGGCGAUACGGAUCAUAAACCUGCGCCAGCGCUCAACAACAACAAUAAUAAUGAUAUCCUAGACCUGCUGAGCGGGCUGGACCUGUCAGCAAGUGCCGUGUCCCCGGCAUCUACUACGCCCGCGCCCGCCACUCUGCUGCUAGACGGACUGUUCUCCUCCACACCACACGUGCCCUCCACAGAAGUGAGCACGGUGACAGCACUAGAUAAGGGUGGCCUCCUGGUGGUCCUGGAGGUGGAGAAGUGGCCCGCCAGCGACGGCGUCACUCUCACCAUGAGGGCCACGUCUCAUACAACACUCACCGAUUUCCUGUUCCAAGCGGCCGUGCCCAGGACGUUUCGGUUGGAUAUGAUGUCACCCUCCGGUACUGUGCUCACUCCACAGAGUGAAAUCACACAAGUACUCAAGAUAACGAAUCCCACGAAAACACCCCUACGGCUGCGGAUACGAGUGUCCUACUCUACCGAAGGCAAUCCGGUAUUAGAGCAAGCGGAAGUGAACACCUUCCCGCCGGACUUGUUCAACUGACGAGCGGCCCAUCCGCCCGGCUACUGUCUUUAGCCGACACGUACAAUAACACACUGACCAACAAUAAUGAGACACUUUUUAGCCAUCGGUUUAUUACGUAACACGAUUUUUGCUUGUUUUUAACUCCCCCCCCUUAUUUGUAUGUAAAAAAAAAGUAAGAAUCUACUAACACUUGUUUCAAUAUUUAUUACGUACUAGGUUUCCGCCAGCGUAACUUGCAAGUACAUUUAGCCGUAAAGAGCUGUUUAGUGGAAUAAAAGAUCAUAUGUUCACUCAUGCAUAUUAUCGGUGUAGCAAAUUUCAUAAACAGUAGUUCAGUAAUUUUGGUGUCAAAAAAGUAACAAACGCCCAUACUUCCUUACAAACUUUCCUUUUUAUAAAGAAAGAAUAAGAAUCAUUUUACGUAAUAAAAGUAUGUGGUGUAUACAGGACAAAUUUGUAAUCAGUGCCCAUAUAUUAAUAUAGUAUUUGUUACAGCAAAUCACUUUUUUUUCUCUUCGACUUGUUUCUAGUAAUAAGUCAAAAGGAUCUAGAAGCGUACAGCCUAGUCUCCUAUAAUUAGUUAUUGCAUUAACAUUACACUACUUAAGAUUUAUCUAUUUUACCUAGAGAUUGAGGACCUAUUUUUCUCGAUAUAGCUACAAAUUAUUUACUAUAUAAUUUAAUAUGUGAUUUUUUUUCUAUUUAAACUCCAAGUAAACGAAAUUGCACUGAUUAAAAACUUAUCCUGUAAUAACUGUAAACUAAUCCUGUUCACAACUGUGUUAAAUCUGGUUCUCAAAGGUACAUAUUUUUCUUAAUACUUAUUAAAUGAUAUAAUGUGAAUGCUGAUAGCUGUCUUAUAACAUAUAACUAGAUGUUAUGAUACUUGAUAUUAACAUCAACUCUUUGAAUUUAUCUAGUAUUUUUUUCAUUUCCUUGUUGAGAGAAAGAGAUGUACAAUAACCAGUAUAAGAGAGUCAGAAAAGAUUUGAGCUUACAUGAAAACAUCUUUUUUUAGUCGAACAUCAUUAUGCCAAUUUUUUAUACUAACUGUACAAAUAUAUCCAUUACAUCUACUAAAAUGUAACUUUAUUUAAAUCCCUGUAAUUUUCUUAAAAAUCGUUUAAAAUUGUGUAUUAUCUUAAUAAGUGUUAAAUCUCCACUUUCAUAAUUUUUGUCUGUUACUACAAUAGUUGUUAAAAAAAAAGGCAUAUGUUAUUUCAGUUUUGUUUGAUGUCAAUGAUGUCCCAAACUGUAUUUGUAACACCUAUAUAAAAUUAAGAAGAAAUAUAAAAGCUUUUGUGACACGUUUAGCGUCUGUGAUCUAAAAUAUACCGAUAGGGAUACACUAAUGAAAUUUUAGCCCUACGAUAGUUUAUUCGCUUCGUUUGCACCGUAGAACUGCGUCUAAUUAUAAAACAAGGACCAACUUUUGUACCAAGUUUUAACCAUUAUCCGACUACAAUAAGACAACAAAUCUCAAAUUAACGUUUUCUUUUCUAUUCUUAAUGAGAAAUACUAAAUUCCACCAGUCUCUGGUAUACAUAGGACCUGAACCCGCAAUCCGGGUGACUGCUCUAACCACUGAGCUACCCGGGCCUGAGUUGAGUUGAGUUUGACUGUUUGGACUGUCGAAUUUUUCAAGUACUUGUGAGCAAUAUUUUCAUCAAUUUUCAAGCGACUCUCCCAAAAAGCCGAAAGAUACAUUUUUACAAAUAUUUGAAACUUUAUAUAAAGUUAAAAAUAUUUGUAAAAAUUAUAUUAACUUUCUAUGAAAACUUGUCAAUUUGCAUUAGGCGGUCAAUGGUUAAAAACAAAUUCUAAAUUCGGUCCUCGUUUUUUAAUAAGACUGCUUUGGUUUAAUUCUACUUAAGACUGAUGGCAUGUACGUAUGUAUUACUGUACAAGACAGUUUGCUGUGUCUUUGACUCAUAAUUAUUUAACAUUCCACUAAUUUAAUUAAAUUCUAAAUAAAAAGUGUUGAUGAGAAAUGUUCUUGCAAUGUCUUUGAUAAAAUCGAACGACGUCCAUUGAGAACAAAUAGUGGUGAUAGAAAUUAGGUGUUCACAUAGUAUUAAAACACUAAUGAUUAUAUUUUCUCUGAUAUUUACUACUUAAUUUUCUGUUUUUUUUUUUCUUUAAAUAUAGCAAACAUUGUGUGUUCAUUUAUUAGUUUGUCUUAGGCAGCUUUGCACUUAAACUUUGCUUCAUUUGUAUGUUCUUUUUCUGUAGAAAAAUACAUCUAAUUCUGGAAUGGUUAAUUUUUAAUAUACAGACAACAGCAUGUCAAGUUACUACAUAAGACCUUUCUCCGUGCAAUUUUAAAAGCCUCAAUCUGCUGAUAUUAAGUCCUAAUUGUUUGCAGAAAAUUGCCGUAAAAGAGGGACUGUAAAAUCUCCAUAACGAGAUUAAAUCGUAUCUGAUCGGAAUAGACAUAACGCAACGCGUCUUGUAUUAUGUACAUAAAAAAAAUGAGAUUGCGAAAUGUAUAUGGUGUAUAGGAAGUUGUAAAGAAUACGGAAUGUACUUAAUUAUGAUCACUAUUAUGAUUUUUGCGUGUGAUAAAGCACUUAGUAUAUAAUGUCGAAGGAUUGAUGUAUAAAAUAAUGUUAUAGUCAUUUAUUCGAAAUCGUUUAUUUUAUUGUUCCUGUCAUGUGAUGUGUUAAAUUUUAUAAUCACGACUAUCUCCCACCAGGAGUCGAGAACUCAAUUAUUAUAUGUGACAGGGAUCCUAUUAUAUUUAUUGAAUCUUUUAUUCUACACCGUAACUAGUUUUUAUAGUAUAUCGUUAUUCCCUAUGCAUUUGGUUAAGCGUAGUUAUUUGUGUAUGAGAUUCGUUAAUUGCUUCAAAUGCUAGUAUUUGUAGUUCGUUAAUAUUUCUUUGUAAGUCUUUAAGGAUUUUACAUUUUGCAGAAAUGUAAAUAAAUAUAGACCAUCUCAAUAUAUCAGAUUAUACAAUGUGGUUAUUCAUAACGUUUCUCUCAAAUUUAGGAUUUUGUGAGAUUUUAACAUUUAGAUUAGCUUUUAAUUUGUGCUAUUUAUGAUUGUAUAAUGUUACUAACCAGCACAUUUCAAUGAAAUAUCAGAAAUAUAUUAAAUGUAAGAUAUGAUUUGGAAUCGUAAACUGAAGUGACAGGCAGAUGCCUUUAGUUUUAGACAUUUUUAACUACCACAUUUGUGUAAUCAUGGGUUAUAAAUACAAAUAUUAUUUUCCAAUAUGAAAAGAGAGCUUGGCAAGAUAUAUCGUAAUUUGGUGCUUGUUUUAUUAAUAAAAAAAUAUCUGAUUGAAUAGAAAGCCCUCCACAAGUUAUGCGAGAUGUUAUGAUUUUUGUGUAACUAAAACUAUGUGAAAGAUGUACAUAAUGACUAUGAUUUUAUGUAAAUUGGUUAAUAAAUAUUUGAGAAUGUUUAUAUAAUC